AUGAAUCGAAAUCCUCGAUUGAAUUUAAACCUUCAAACAAUAGAUCGAUCACCAUCGAGUUCAUCGGUUGGCUCCCAUGGAACCGUUGCCUCAGGUCAAUCAACAACCAGUACAAACGCUAGUUCGGUUAGUAGCCGCAGAAGAAGAGGAAUUCUAGGAAAAAUUGAAACUGGUUUUCGAUCGGUAUUUCGACGAUUUUCUCGGCCACGUACGACAUUAACUGAAAUGGAUAUUCAACUAUUGUCAACAGCAACGGGUUAUACUCGCGAAGAAGUUUUACAAUGGCAUGAAAAAUUCUUAAUUGAUUAUCCAAAUGGUUAUAUGACUCGAAAACAAUUUAUAUCAAUGUAUAAAUCAUUAUUUCCCAAAGGUGAUGCUGAACGUUUUGCUCGUCAUAUAUUUCGUGCAUUUGAUCUUGACAAUUCACAUACAAUUGAUUUUCAUGAAUUUCUCAUUGGUUUAUCAUUAACAUCAGCAACAAAUUCAAUAAAAACAAAACUUGAAUGGACAUUCAAUGUUUUUGAUAUUGAUGGAAAUGGUUUAUUAACACGACGUGAAUGUUUAGAAGUUAUUGAUGCUAUUGUUCGGUGUUAUUUAUCAACUCAAGGUAAUACACAAAAUUCAAAUAAUGAACAAAUAAUUAAUCAAGCUAAAAAGUCAAUGAUGAAUAUAUUUGAUAAUAUUAGUCAUACUUCAGUUGAUAAAUUAACCAGAUCACAAUUUGUUGAAGGUUGUUCGAAAGAUCAAUUUAUUUCGCAUUUAUUAGCACCAACAACAAAUACAGUAUUAAUCAAUACACAUGAUACAAAUGAUAAUCAUUCGAAUGAUUGA